AUGCAGACAUUAAUUUUGUGGUCCUUACUAGGAUUACUUGUGACCAAAGUAAGUGCUGCUACUACAACUAUUUCAACACCAACAACCUUGUCUGGUGAUCAAACAUUUUCCGAUGAUAUCGUAAUUGAAUCAGGUGCUACUCUUGCAUUAAUAUCUGGUUCUUCAUAUUCUUUCAAUGGCAAUAUUGACGUUAAAGGUUCUUUAGACAUUAUUGGUGAUUCAACAAACGGGUUAACUAGUCUACAAUUUGGUUCUACUACAACAAUUACAAACAGUGGUAACAUCAACAUCGAAAAUAUUAAAUCGGCAGGUUCUGCCAGUGAUUUUGUUAUUGCACCUGCAAGUAUUGAUAACUCUGGUACAUUCACUGUCUCGCAAUUAAAUGCUGCUGCUACUGUGCCAGGUACUAAUUUCACUAUAGCUCCAACAGGUUCCUUCAUUAACACAGGUACUAUUGAUUUUGACACAGCUGAUAAAGGUGGCACCACAAAUGGGUUUUUGUACCUUGGUACUAUGACAAAUAAUGGUAUCAUCAAUUCUGGUGGAUUAUCUGCAUUGCUAGCCGACCAAAGAGCGUAUCAACGUAGUAGAUACGAUAUGAAAGGUAUUGUCUUCAAUAAUCCUAUAGAAGGUGAAGGUGAAGUCACCGGUAAUACUGGGGCUGUAAUUUUUCUUAACACAGAAGUUAUUGGAGAACAAACUUUUAAUGUCCACAAUGGUAUGUAUAUUAUUAAUCCAAAAGUUGUACCAGGUUCCUUUAAAGUUGUGAAUUUUAUCGGAUCAGAAUUCGUUUUUUUAAAUAUAGACUUUAACAAAUGGUAUGCUGAGGAUUUGGGCACCAUACCUUACUACCUUCAGACUAAUUUUGCAGUAGAUGGUCACCGUUACUGGUUUAACUCAAGUUGUACAAAUGAUUAUGCUGAAUAUGCUCAAGGUAAUAUUAUUGUUACACCAUCUGAUCCUCUUUACCAAUUUUAUGGUACUGAUAUAUACAUGAUGGAUAUCAUAGGUUCUCAAUGUCCAUGGUUAUCUGAACCAAUUACAAAGACAACAAUUGUUACUACUAUAGAUUCUAUUACCGAGGCUACCACUCUUUCAACUUUAGUAACCUCUACAAUUAACCAGUACUUCAUUACUGUGUCUGAAAAGAUUUAUCAAGUUGCAGUACCUCCACUAUCUACCACCUACACUACUACUACUGCUGAUAUUUCUGCUCCAACAACAUCUACUUACACUACUACAGUUGUUGAUAGCAAUGGCUCUUUAUCUCCAGAAGUUGUUGUUGUAGUGGUCACCCCAUCUCCAUCUACCACCUACACCACUACCACAGGCCCGGUUUCUGCCCCAACCACAACCACCUACACAACCACUAUUACUGACAGCAAUGGCUCUUCAUCUCCAGAAGUUGUUGUUGUUGUGAUUACUCCAUCUCCAUCUACCACCUACACUACUACUACUGCGGAUAUUUCUACCCCAACUACAACUACUUACACCACUACUAUCACAGACAGUAACGGCUCUCCAUCUCCAGAAGUUGUUGUUGUUGUGAUUACUCCAUCUCCAUCUACCACCUACACUACUACUACUGCAGAUAUUUCUGCUCCAACUACAACCACCUACAUAACCACUAUUACUGACAGCAAUGGCUCUUCAUCUCCAGAAGUUGUUGUUGUAGUGGUCACCCCAUCACCAUCAACCUCCUACACUACUACUACUGCUGAUAUUUCUGCUCCAACAACAUCUACUUACACUACUACAGUUGUUGAUAGCAAUGGCUCUUUAUCUCCAGAAGUUGUUGUUGUAGUGGUCACCCCAUCACCAUCGACCUCCUACACUACUACUACUGCGGAUAUUUCUACCCCAACUACAACUACUUACACCACUACUAUCACAGACAGUAACGGCUCUUCAUCUCCAGAAGUUGUUGUUGUUGUGAUUACUCCAUCUCCAUCUACCACCUACACUACUACUACUGCUGAUAUUUCUGCUCCAACCACAACCACCUACACAACCACUAUUACUGAUAGCAAUGGCUCUUCAUCUCCAGAGGUUGUUGUUGUAGUGAUUACUCCAUCACCAUCGACCUCCUACACUACUACCACCGUUCCAGUUUCUGCCCCAACCACAACCACCUACACAACCACAGUUACUGAUAGCAAUGGCUCUUCAUCUCCAGAGGUUGUUGUUGUAGUGGUCACCCCAUCUCCAUCUACAACCUACACCACUACUACUGCAGAUAUUUCUUCUCCAAUCACAACUACUUACACAACCACUGUUACUGACAGCAACGGUUCUUCAUCUCCAGAGGUUGUUGUUGUUGUGGUCACCCCAUCCCCAUCUACCACCUACACUACUACCACCAUUCCAGUUUCUGCCCCAACCACAACCACCUACACAACCACUGUUACUGACAGCAAUGGCUCUUCAUCCCUAGAGGUUGUUGUUGUUGUGGUUACUCCAGCCCCAUCUACCUUCUAUACGACCACUACUGGUGAUGUCUCUGCCUUGACCACAUCUACCUUCACCACCACUAUUACUAACAGCAAUGGCUCUUCAUCUCCAGAAGUUGUUGUUGUUGUGAUUACUCCAUCUCCAUCUACCACCUACACUACUACUACUGCUGAUAUUUCUGCUCCAACCACAAACACCUACACAACCACUGUCACUGAUAGCAAUGGCUCUUCAUCUCCAGAGGUUGUUGUUGUUGUGAUUACUCCAUCUCCAUCUACCACCUACACUACUACUACUGCUGAUAUUUCUGCUUCAACCACAACCACCUACACAACCACUAUUACUGAUAGCAAUGGCUCUUCAUCUCCAGAGGUUGUUGUUGUAGUGAUUACUCCAUCACCAUCGACCUCCUACACUACUACUACUGCUGAUAUUUCUGCUCCAACCACAAACACCUACACAACCACUGUCACUGAUAGCAAUGGCUCUUCCUCUCCAGAGAUUGUUGUUGUUGUAAUCACCCCAUCUCCAAGUGGCCCAACUAUCUACACCACUACUACUGCGGAUGUUUCUGCUCCAACUACAACCACCUACAUAACUACUAUCACAGACAGUAACGGCUCUUUAUCUCCAGAAGUUGUUGUUGUAGUGGUCACCCCAUCUCCAUCUACCACCUACACCACUACCACAGGCCCAGUUUCUGCCCCAACCACAACUACUUUCACUACUACAGUUGUUGAUAGCAAUGACUCUUUAUCCUCAGAGGUUGUUGUUGUUGUGGUUACUCCAGCCCCAUCUACCUUCUAUACGACCACUACUGGUGAUGUCUCUGCCUUGACCACAUCUACCUUCACCACCACUAUUACUAACAGCAAUGGCUCUUCCUCUCCAGAGGUUGUUGUUGUUGUAAUCACCCCAUCUCCAAGUGGCCCAACUAUCUACACCACUACUACUGCGGAUGUUUCUGCUCCAAUCACAUCUACCUUCACCACCACUAUUACUAACAGCAACGGCUCUUCCUCUACUGAGGUUGUUGUUGUAGUGAUUACACCAUCUCCAUCUACCACCUACACUACCACUACUGCAGAUAUUUCUGCUCCAACUACAACCACCUACACAACCACUGUCACUGAUAGCAAUGGCUCUUCCUCUCCAGAGAUUGUUGUUGUUGUAAUCACCCCAUCUCCAAGUGGUCCAACUAUCUACACCACUACUACUGCGGAUGUUUCUGCUCCAACUACAACCACCUACACAACCACUGUCACUGAUAGCAGUGGCUCUUCCUCUCCAGAGGUUGUUGUUGUUGUGAUCACUCCAGCCCCAUCUACCUUCUAUACGACCACUACUGGUGAUGUCUCUGCCUUGACCACAUCUACCUUCACCACCACUAUUACUAACAGCAAUGGCUCUUCCUCUCCAGAGGUUGUUGUUGUUGUAAUCACCCCAUCUCCAAGUGGCCCAACUAUCUACACCACUACUACUGCGGAUGUUUCUGCUCCAAUCACAUCUACCUUCACCACCACUAUUACUAACAGCAACGGCUCUUCCUCUACUGAGGUUGUUGUUGUUGUGAUCACUCCAGCUCCAUCUACCUUAUCCACUACUACCACUGGUGUAGUCACUGUCCCAAUCACAUCUACCUACACAACUGUAGUCACUGACAGUAAUGGCUCUUCCUCUACUGAAAUUGUUGUUGUUAUAAUCACACCAUCUCCAUUUAGUAGCUUUAUGACAUCACCAAUUUCUGUACCAUCUCCUCUCUAUGGAAACUCCACUAUAUCUGGUGAAAAGAUUGAAUCUACUUUGAGUGGCACUCUAGUUGUUCUGACUAGGGUUGUUAAUGGAGUUACUAUGACUACAACUUAUUGUCCAGAACCAUCUGCAACUUCUGAAACAAGUAUGACUGCUAUCAUUGGUCAUAGUUCUAUUGAAUCUGUUUAUUCAAAGAACCAACAAGAAGAGACCAACUCACUUUCUGCUGCUUCCAACGCAACUCCAGUUAUUUCUGUUACUUCUACUACCCCUGGUCCAGCAUUUACCAAUGGUAAAAAUCACCCAACAUCUAGAAACUCUAGAACAUCUACCACUGUAAUCGGUAAUAAUGAGUCUAGAAGAUCAGAAACAUCGAUGCCUUCAAUGGUGCCACAAGUUUCCCAAUAUAUUCCUGAACAGCCAUCCUCAUCAUCAAUUGCUAUCACAGUACCUCAUGAAGGUGUACCUUCUCUUGUAUCAUAUGAAGGUAAAGGUAGCACCAUGUAUAUGAUGAAGUGGAGUGUUGCCCAUUGCAUUGGUUUAUUAUUAUUCAUGGUAAUUUAA